AUUUCCUACGCUGCUGCUGCUGCUGCUGCUGCAGCGGAUGGGUCUUGUUGUCCAAUCUCCUCAAGAAAGGGGCGGGUGGUUGAGUUUACUCCGGGAUCGCGUUAUAAAGACGAUGCUGCAGGCUACUCAGAGCGGCUGCUGAGCCUGCCCGGCCUGGAAGCGUCCGCACCGGCUCUUGGGCAUUGCCAGUCGCACAAAACGGUUCCAGCAUGGUGGUGCGGCCUCUGCUGCUGCGGGCGGUCAUCAUGGGGCCCCCUGGCUCCGGGAAAGGCACCAUCUCCUCCCGCAUCGUUAAACACUUUGCUUUGAAACAUCUGUCCAGCGGAGAUUUGCUCAGGGACAACAUGAAUAAGAGGACAGAAAUCGGUUCAAUUGCAAAGACCUACAUUGAUCAGGGGAAACUUAUUCCUGAUGAUAUUAUCACCCAGCUGAUGCUAAGUGAGCUGAAAACAAUAGAGCAGCACCACUUGCUGCUGGACGGUUUCCCAAGGACUGUUCCACAGGCCGAAGCUCUGGAAAAAAUGUGUCCAAUUGAUACUGUGAUUGACUUAGAUGUGCCUUUUGAGACAAUCCAGCAACGUCUGACGGCACGAUGGAUCCAUCCUGCAAGUGGCAGGGUUUACAACCUGGAGUUCAAUCCUCCCAAAGUGCCUGGCACUGAUGAUGCUACUGGAGAGCCUCUUGUUCAACGUGAUGACGACAAACCAGAAACUGUUUUGAAGAGACUGAAAUCUUAUGAAGCAGAAACGAAACCUGUCUUGGAAUAUUACAGAGGUCAAGGAGUAUUAAAAUCAUUCUCUGGAACUGAGACCAACAAAAUCUGGCCCCAAGUUCAUCAUUUUCUUCAAACCAAGCUGACUGAUGUAAGCUGUAAGGACGACGCCACACCCAGCUGAAGAAGACCUGACCCAAUAUUAAGUGGAUGUAUCAAGAGAUGACGGUUCUUCUGGAAAAACUAAUCUCACAAGCACUUAAGUCAUGAAGACUAGAUCGGUUGUGUUAUGAAGUCAUGUGCCACACUGAUCUACUUCAUAGUUAAAUCUAUAAGAAUGCCACAUUUCAACUCUGUUACUGUCUAAGAUUUCUGAUUUCAAUUUUAAAGUGGUAUUUUCAUAUUAGAUGCCUUGAUUUUUGUGAAACUAAUUUAAUAAACUGAUGUUUAAAUUAAA